UCUGACCCCUAAACAAUGAAUACAUCUUCCACUUCGUUCUUCCUUUACUCUCAUUUAUGGAUUCGUUUUGUUUUUCUCCUUCGGAUUUUGUUUAUAAAGCUCUUAAUCCGCCUUUUCUCCUUCAGUUUUUUUUUAUACAACUCUUAAUUCGAGUCUUAUUUUGAUUAAGCUUCGUUGCAAUGAGUUCCAACGGAAAACCCAUCUCCGAGAAACCAAGCCGCGUUGAAACUGAAUCCGUUCCCGGACCGAUCAACCCCGUUGGAACACCCUAUGUUUCUUCCAGCCACUCAAUCGCCGAUCCCCACUCGAAGCAAUCCGAAGGCGAAGCGUCGGUCACCUCCUGUCUGACCAAACUCAGCGGCAAGACCACUGGCUCUUCGGGCGUCUUGAACGGCUUACCUAAAUCGAAGAACCCCAAUGGUAUGAACCCUUAUCGUUUCCUUAUAAGAUUAUAGAGUCCGUUUGAUUAUCAUAAAAAAAAAGUGUGAAGAUUUGAGAUUUAAGCGAAUUAGAUGAACAAAUUUUUUUUUUAAAUAUAUAACUUAUAUACGGAAAAUAAAAAAACAUGUGAAAUUGUGGUACAGGGUUUGGUCUUUUUUUUGAUGAUUGCAACGUUCGUAUUUUUCUGCAGGUAUGAUCAUUCACAACGCGAAGUCUGUUGUUUCUUCAGGCGUUAGGGGCAAAGCCGCUGUCUCCUCAGGCUUCAGGGGAAAAUCCAUUGUCACCGCCAAAGUUGAUGAAGUGAUGACUUUCAAAGAUGUGAAAUACGGACUUCAUGAUGGCGAGUUGAAGUUUCGGUUGAUCCAUUUUUGGGAAGCUCGAAAUGUUGUGACGAAGGUGCUUAUCGGUGUCGAGAUGCUUCUCAUCGACCACAAGGUAUAAACCGAAAUCUUGGUUGCAAUUUAGUUUAAUAAUUGUUCGCCAGGAUGUUGAUUAAUAAUUUUAGCUCAAACUUAUCGUUAUAUUGAUUGUUGUUGGUGCGUCUCCAAGUUUCCUGACUAGCAUUUCUAAAUUAAUUUCUUUACUGUUCUUAACAGGAGACUGUCAUCCAGGGUUUCAUCCCAGCUGGGAGGGUAGAUACUUAUUUGCCACAUAUGAAAGCUGGUGGCAUUUACAGGCUCAACAGUUUUUUCGGGUCUAACAACAAGACUUUGUAUCGUGUUGCGGAGCCAAGUUUCACCAUCACCUUUUCAGCUACUUCUGUCCUCUCUGAUCUAGAAGACAGUCCGCUUUGUUUCCCCAAGGACCGUUUCCGGAUCCAUGGAUAUGAGGAGUUCGAUGCUGCCUGCGACUUGCGAGGGGAUCUUUAUGAUUAUGUUGGUCACAUCAAGCUUGUGAAUGGGCAGGUUCUCAGUGAUAGUCUUGUGCUAGAUGAUGCCGAGAUAGCUGCAUCAAGCCGCGUCAUGCUUCAUGUUCAGACACAUGAUGGUCCGGUGAUGAAGUUGUACCUAUGGGACAAGGCUGCCUCAGACUUUAGUGAGAAAUUUAAAGCAUCUGGAGGAACUGCACGUGUUGUUUUGGUCACUACUUUAAACCCGAAACGAUAUGGAGGUGCCCUAGCUCUCUCCUCUAUGGCGCCAUCGCGUGUAUUUUUAGACACUGAUGUUCAAGAAACCAAAGAGUAUCUCGCUUGGAUGGAAGCGAACUUAGCUGUUGCCAACAGAGUGAAUGCAGACGUUGUCACUAAGACUGAGACAGUUACUAUUGGCGAGCUCUUUUCCUAUAUGAAGCAAGAAGAUGCCAAGGUUGCUUGGUUUGAGUGCAUAGCAACCAUUGGUGAUGUUGCGCUAGGUUCACCCUGGUAUUACAUAGGCUGUGGUGUGUGCCACACUAAGGCAACCAAAGGGCCUACCACUCUUAUGUGUAAGAAGUGUGGGAAAACCAAUAUUGUUGGUGUUGCACAGUACCUGGCCAAGAUCUCCGUGUAUGAUAAUGCUGAUCAGGCGUCUUUUGUGCUCCUCGGUGAUGCUGGACAUGAGUUGGUCGGAAGGAAAGCUUCAGAGUUGGUUGCAAGAUAUUUUGAGGGAAAUGAGAAUGUAGACGAUGGCCACUUCGUUCCGGUACCUCAGGCUCUGAUUGAUACCAUUGGACAGACUCGCAAAUUCAUUGUGAAAGCAUCAGAUCACAAUUUGACUGGUAAGACCCAAACUCUGACUGUGACAAAGGUCCUCACCCCAGAAGUCCAAGAAGUUGAAGGCAAUUUAGAAGAGAAUAUGAUUGUACCAGAAGCCCAGGAAACUUUGCAGAAGGGAAUUGCUGAUGAUGAGCAUGUGGGCGUUGGCAUGGUGAAAAGGGCUGCUGAUGAUGUUGAGGCAGAAGAUCCCAAGCGAGCCAGAUGUGGCUAGGAUGUGUUGAAUCUUAGUUUUAUGGUUACUAAAACUCUAAGCUUUGUUUUUUUUUUUAUCUCAGACUUUGUUUUGCAACAUUAACUAUCUUUUUUAUAAUCUAUUUUGUCUCUCCUUAGUGUUUUUUCCAUAAUUUUGAUGUUUGAACAUUUUAGUUUUUUAGAAUUGAUGCUUUUACGAAUUAGGUGGACUUGUGAACUUUGAGUUCUCGAAACCAAAGAAGUCACAUAAUGUACCAAUAAAGAUUUAUAAAGCACUUACGGUUUUGGUUUGAGAAAACAUGUACAUCAUACAUCUUUACUUAAAAAAAAAACGACAAAGAAGAGAUGACACGGUUGGUUGUUUAUAUAACACCAUGAGAAUACCACAAAAAUAAAUAGAGAAACAACUUAAAAACCUAAAUGUGAACCUUAAGAUUUUGUUCGAAUAUAGGAAUUAAGUUUAGAACAACUUUGAAAUCAGCCUUUACAGUUAGUUCUUAACCAAAAAUUGUUAGAUUUUUUUUCUGUUAAUGUCGUUUCAAUUUGAUUAAUUGGUUAACAUAUUGGCUGUUUUCUAGCCAUUUUUUAUAAAUGAUUUCAAAAUUUAUCAUAAAAGUGAUGUAUACAUGAGUAUUGAUUUUAUAGAAAGAACUGUAUUUUAGUAUUUUUUAUUAAUGAUUCCAAAAAUUAUCGUAAAAGUGAUGUUUACUACAUAUAAUAGAAGCUGGAGUACAUCAUGUAUAUGUUUUAAUAAACAUACGAUAAACUAUUUUAAUAAGAACGAAAUGUAAAAUAUUUAUCUAUAUAGUCAAUGAUAUAAAAAUUCAUAUUAAAAUGUUAAAUAACUAUACAAUUAGAGUUUUGUCGGUAAGACAAUUGUAGUAUCAUAUGAAUUCCUUCUUCUUUGUAUGAAUGAUAGAUCUUUUGUUUGCACUCGCGACCUACUAAUUUUACAUAAAUAGUAUAUACAUUUAUUAUCAAUUCAAACACCAUUAGAAUAAAUUAUUUUUAUUUUUAUGAAAUAUUUAAUAAUUACUAAAUAUUAAUUUUUAAUUUAUGAUAAACUUUUUAAAAUAUUUUUCUGCACUAUCUAUUACUGUAUUAAAUAUUAUAAACACUCACAUAUUACGAAUACAUUACCACUGUUUAUAAAUGAGUCCAAAAUUUAUCAUAAAAGUGAUGUAUACAUGUGUAUUGAUUUUUUGCUGUAAUUAUAAAAUAUUAUAGACAACUACAUAUAUAUGAAAAAUAAAAAAAACAUUUUAGUAAUACUAAUUGUAAAUUUUGUUCUGGUAGCACUAAUCUGUGAGGAAAUACAUAUUUAACUGUCUGGCUAUUACAUAUUUUGUAGGACCAAGGUGAUCUUAAAUUAUUUUCUAUAUAACACAAUAUAAAUUAUUUUUAGACAAUGAUAAUUAUCAAAUCAAUAAAAUUUCUUUUUAGUUAAUUGUUAAUUAUAUAUACUAACAAAUCUAUUUAUUUAUUAAGGAUAAAAAUCUUUUAGUUGCUUUAACUUCAAGUAUGAGAGUUCAGAGGCAAAAAAAAACACUUUACAAAUUACAAUAUAAAUUAUUAAAAUAAAUAUAAAUUAAUUAAUUAAAUAAAAAUUUAAUUAUACCAAACAAUCCGCGCGUAGCGCGGAUAAAAGACCUAGUGAUUGUUAAUAAUUGCAUAUUCAGUUGUUAUAAGUUAAUGAAUUUUAAUAUUUUUGUUUAAAUUUAGUGUUAUUGGUUUGUUGAUUUUCUAAUGACAAACAAAAUCUAUUGUUAUUAAAAUUAGAUCUAAGGAUUCGGUGAUUGUAUCAAAAUCUAAUGUUAUUAAAACAAGAGAGUUUAAUAAAAUUAUAAAAUCAAUUCAAUUUAAACUUUUUGAAUAACAAAAAAAAAAUUGUAUGGAAUUUAAAUGUUCUUAAACCAAUAACAACAGAUUCUAUAAAGAUUUUUAAAAAUCAUCAACCAGUAAUAACAAAAUAUCUAAAUUUUUAAAAUUCUUUAAAAUUCACCUACCAGUAACCACCCUAAAUCUAUUAUACAAAUACACAAGAGACUUUUACCGCUUGCUUAUGAAGCUAAGAAUUCUACAUAUACUAGAUGUGAAUAUGAAAUUCAUUUCAGAAAAUUUGGUGCUUAUCAAACCGAAACUAUAAAAUAUUUGAUCAGCACCAAAUAUUAUAAAACCAAAAUACAUGAUUCCUGAAAUAUCCAAUUUGAACUCGAUUGAAAUAUUACAGUGGUCAUUCCUAAUUUAUAUUCCAAUGUUUUUAGACAUUUUAUAAGUUCAUAACAUAUGAUGCUAUGUUGCUAAAAAAAAAAGAUGCUAUAUGGGCCGACAAAAUAAAGCUUUUCUGAUACCCAACAAAUAUUCAAGCGCCAUUAAAAUUUUAAUUAGUUAACAAAACUCCCGCCAAACAUUUGAAAUUAAUUACGGUUCUCAAUCCUCAUAGCUACGUUACAUCUCUUGAAAUAGCAGCAUCUCUUAAUGUUAAAUCAAAGUAGCUUACUCUACUUACUUGAGUCGAAUCUUAUUACAGUUUGGAGGUUAUAUUUUCGACAGAGGCAGCAGUUGAGUGGUAUGUCUGGAAAGGCAUACACUAGAUCAUUCAAUAGCCUCCAAAACGUUGUUGUGAUCAAGUGAGUUUCCUUUUACAACAUGAAUCUAUUGGUUUAUAUCUUAUUGAUGAAUCUAAAUUUGUUCAGUCUCAGGAUUAGGCUCAAUAUUAAAGAACUGGCAGUUCAGACAGUUGGAAACUGAACUGAGAGUAGGCUAUGAAAACCUAAACCAUUGAGCGAGAAGACCUUGAUAACAUUUAUGGGAUAAACGUGCCAAGAGGGUAUCACAUCCAAUUUCUUAAGCAAGACGAUAGUAUAGUCAGUGGAGGUAUCGUGAAGCCUAUUGUUCCUUCUUUGUGAUUAUCAAAUGUUCCCAAACUUGUGACCAUGCUGAUUCACACUAUAUUUGAAUUGGAGUUUCUUCAGUCUUCUUGUUACAAAAGACCCAAGAAGAUGGAGGAGGUUAAGUACGAGGAUUGGAAAUCGACAAUUUUUUAUUGGAUCAAGAAUCACUUAACAAGAAUUGAUUCGUUGUAUUUUUAUCUUUGUUCUUUGUGUUUAUGGGUCUUUUGUUCUUUCCAGGAGCUAAGAAAGUAAUACAGAUCAGUCUCAAUUUCUCAAAGACAGACAAAAGAGUUGCAACUUGCAAGUUGAUUCGUACGCCUUACACAGUCAAGACUCACCCACUUCAUUUUUUUUGCUGUUUUCACUUUUCAUCACAUAAAACAAAAAGGUAAAUCAAAAGUUCCAAGUUUUUUUUGGAUUGUAAACAAAUAUAAACUGUUGAUAAAAAAAAAACAAAUAUAAACUAUUACAUUAAUAAAUAGAGACUUGGAAAAGUGUAAUAAAGAGGAGAGUGUAGCUCUCUCACAUUCCCUAAGAACGAAAGCUUCUAUCAUUUGAUCAAAAUGUCAGGUCACACCGGUAAAGUAAAGAAA